CUCCGCUCUUGCAUUAAGUUUUAUCAAAAUCUGGCUUUGUUUUUGAUUAUUCACAACACUACUUAGUGCAUCUCGGAUUACAGGCACUAUUUGCUUUUUGAUAACACGCAGAACGAUUCCCUUCAUCUCUUCGAACCACGACACAAAGGAUCGGGCCAGUUUGAAUCAUCGACCGGUCCGGAUUUGAGAGCAGUAGCAGCAGCAGCAGCAGUCUGGGAGGCCUGCGGCGUUGCAAACGGCCGAUAAUGUUUUGCAAUGUCCUUAACCGUGGCCGACACGACGACGACGACGACGCUAGCAGCUGAGCCACUUUCAACGACGGCGGAGGAAAGGAGCAACAAGAGUGCGGCCAGACAGCAGCCGAUUACGCUAAUUUUGCCCACCAGCGGUAAGCUGUUUUUCGAGAAAAAGCAAGAGUUUCAACUGUGCAAACCGCAGCUGCUCCCACUGAAAUCGUUCAGCUUGGAGAAGUUGGAAAGAAUGCACCAAGAAGCGCAGCGCCAGUUGCAGGAAACUCGUGCCCGAACCGCUGCCUCGAAGAGUGCCAACAAUUUCUAAAAGAACCAGACAAAACGCACCCCAUUACGACCCGUCUAAAGCGGUGGACGCUAAUUCUGCACCGACAAGAUGGCUUAUCUGUUGGUAUUUUCCAUCUGUUUGGCACUACUGCUCGCAUCGAUAUCGCUCUAUCGCUACGGUUGCAUACAACGGCAGCAUCCGAUAGUGACCUUUUCCGUACUCACGGCGUGGAGUUUUUCGUUUCUAAUCGUGUUUACAAUACCGCUGGAUGUUACCUCGACCGUGUAUCGUCAAUGUCUGCAGGAACACAACAUCACCAACAGCAACGGAUCGAACAACGAUGGACCGGAUGCCAUCUGUCAGCGACCGUGGGGCAUGGUAGAGGAGGAAGUGUUCCCGAACCUGUGGCGCAUUAUCUACUGGUCCUCGCAGUUCCUGACCUGGUUGAUUAUGCCCCUGAUGCAGUCCUACCUGAAGGCGGGCGACUUUACCAUCAAGGGCAAAUUACGAUCGGCGCUGGUAGAUAACGCCAUCUACUACGGCACGUAUCUGUUUAUCUGUGGCAUACUGUUGAUUUAUCUCGCGCUGCAACCGGGCAUUUCGCUCGACUGGCAAAAGCUGAAGGCGAUCGCGUCGUCCGCCUCCAACACGUGGGGCUUGUUCUUGCUCGUGCUGUUGCUAGGCUACGCACUGGUCGAAGUACCGCGCAGUUUGUGGAACAACUCGAAACCGGGCUUUACGCUGCAGUACGCGUACUUCAAGCUGUCCAAGCUUAGCUCCGAAAAGGCCGAAGCCGAGGAGAAUGUGGACGACGUGCUGGAAAGCCUGCAGUCGGCUAGCCGUGCAAUCCCACCGCGGCACGAGCUGCGUCCGGCACUGGAAACCAUCAUCCGGAAGGUGCCUACCGAGCUGAUGGAACGGGCAAGCCGGAUAAGCCGCGAGGAUGGUUCGCCGAUGGCCGUGCCGUCGGAAAAGGCACUGGUACGGCUGCAUCGGCAGGUGAUCAAGUCGCUGCAAACGUUGCAGCGCACCGAAGCGCUGUGGAGCGUUCAAGUUAACAAAGUCCUACAUCUGGAGGAUGUCGCCAAGAAUGCGGUUUCGCUCGAUCAUCGGUUCAAAAGCGAAUUCCCCAAGCAUCGGGUCGGCAUGGCGCGGGCCAUGUACAAUCCAACGAUAGACUGGUACUGGGAGUGUGUCGUGAAGGCACCGUUCCUGAAAGCGCUGGCCGUUAUCACCGCAUUCCUGUCCUUCAUGGUCGUGUGGAGUGAGCUAACGUUCUUCAACCGCAAACCCGUCCUGUCGAUAUUCGCCAACGUGCUGAACGUCGCCAAAGGUAGCUACGAUUUCGUGACGAUCGAACUCUUUUCCAUGCUUACGCUCUGCUACCUCUGCUACUGUGCGUACUCGACCGUGUUUCGCAUCAAGUUCCUGAAUCUCUACUACCUGGCAGCGCACCAUCAAACGAACGAGUACAGUCUGAUCUUUAGCGGCAUGCUGCUGUGCCGCCUGACGCCACCGAUGUGUCUCAACUUUCUCGGCAUGAUACACAUGGACUCGCACAUCAUCAAGGAGCGCGUGCUUGAAACGCACUACACACAGAUUAUGGGCCACAUGGAUGUGUUGGGCAUCAUCUCGGACGGGUUCAACAUCUACUUCCCGAUGGUGAUGUUGGCGUUCUGUCUGGCGACCUGGUUUUCGCUCGGCAGCCGGGCACUGAAUGCGCUCGGCUUCCAGCAGUUCAUGCUGAACGAAACGAUCGCGGUGGAACUCGUCCAGGAGGGCAAGGAUUUGAUAGUGCGUGAAAAGCGUAAACGGCAACGGGCGGAAGACGCAAUGGCCCGGAGGCGUGACAACAUUUUGGGUCAAAUCGCUCGCGACGGAACGAUCGGCAGUGCGGGCAUUGCGGGCGGCUCGAACGGAAAUGGUGGUGGAGGAGGCGCAGGUGGCAACGGUAGCGGCGGAGGUGGUGGUAGUGGUGGUAUACUAUCCAAAUACAAAUCCCGCCAUCUGGACACCGUCGGACCGAACGACGAUCUGGUCGGGCAUGGUGACGGUCGACUGGACUACAGCAGUACGGGCAGUGGCGCACGUGGAUUGGACGAUAUCAAUCGUUCGCUGUCGCAGGAGAUUAACGAACGGUUCGGUGUCAGUACUGGAGUGUCCGUCGGUUUUAAGGGAUACGGUACCACGUUCGAGGAGGACGAUAGUCGUAUGGGAGGAGGUGCGGGAGGACGUUCCACCGCCAAACCGAAAGGACUGUUCGAUGAUCCUUGGAUAAAGAUGAAAUUCAACAAAAAUGUUUCGUCGUCCCGGCGCAAGAGCCGCAAGCGCCACUUCCAGGCCCCGUCGCACGUCCGCCGAACGAUCAUGUCGGCGCCGCUGUCGAAGGAGCUGAAACAGAAGUACAACGUGCGUUCCAUGCCCAUCCGCAAGGAUGAUGAGGUGCAGGUGGUGCGGGGCCACUACAAAGGCAACCAGGUCGGCAAGGUGGUUCAGGUGUACCGCAAGAAGUACGUCGUGUACAUUGAGCGUAUCCAGCGCGAGAAGGCAAACGGCACGAACGUGUACGUCGGUGUGCACCCGUCCAAGUGUGUGAUCGUGAAGCUGAAGAUGGACAAGGAUCGCAAGAAGAUCCUGGACCGCCGCGCGGAGGGCCGUCUGGCAGCGCUCAACAAGGGCAAGGGCAAGUACACCGAAGAAACUGCUGCCACCGCCACCGCGAUGGAAACGACAUCGUAGGAAGGUUCUACUACAACACAAAUCCGGCGUGGUUGGAAAAGGAGAGUGGAUGGUGUGUGCGGUCGUGACACGGAGGCGAAUAAAAAAGGACAGUGGAGAGAAAGUUAAACACAAAAGUUA